AUGGGAGCAGACAUCAGCUCCAGAAACACUCAAGGCCAGACAUUUCUUCAUACGCUAUUCUUGGUUUCGGAAUUCGAAGACCUACCAAAGUACAUUAAUCUGCCCCGUUACCUGAAAUCUAUGGACUUUGCCUUCGACGUUCGUGAUUACCACGGUCGGACUCCUACGCUUCAGCUUUUUGAACAAGCGUCGAAGCUGUCGCACACAUCCCCGGUCUUUAUCAAGGAAUUGUUCUCCAUCGUACCACCACAAAUCGAUGUCAUGGACAAUCAAGGCCAUACCAUCGGCUAUCAUCUUUUCAAGCUCCGCAAUAUCCAUGUAUCCUCACUUCAAGCUGGCGCCUUCCUCUUGACGUACGCAAAGUCCGCUUUGUAUGGACUCAGCUUUCAAGGAUCCAUAUCAGAACAUGACUACGAUUGGCAAUCAUGGCUCGUCUGGCUGUCAAAAACCCGGCUCCUGAAUUGGGUUGACAUUCAUGGCGAGACUGCACUUCUUGCGAUGCUUAAGUUAUGGAGAUGUCCCGAUGAUGACGAUUUGAGUCUUCCGGGUAUCAUUCAAGGUAUAUCUUGUCACGGAGCAGACAUCCAUGCGCGCGACGGGAUUGGUGAUACUGCCCUGGUUGUAGCAGUCACAAGAGGACUUCGACCAGCUGCUCAGAAACUUCUGAGCAUGGGAGCUUCAGUGUACAGUGUUGGCUACAAUGGGAGGGGAGUACUACAGGAGACUACUUCCAGGUUAUAUCUGGCCCAGCAAGAGGACAGAGAUGGAGAGUAUGCCAAGAUAUUGAGCUGCGUUGCUUUACUCGUGGACCAUAAUGUACCACAAUUUCCAGAAAAAAUCCAUCAAUGGACGGUCCAAAGUACGACACAAGCAAGCUUACUCGAAUCAAUUAAUAUCACCAAAGUAGCGCACGAUUCCGGGUUCAUCUGA